CUCACAAAUCUUUCUACUGCAAUCUGCACGGUGCACCUCGGCCUUGCCAAUCAUUAUCUUCACUCACUUCAUCUCCCUUACUAAAUUAACAACCAUAUCAGAUUUUUAUUCAAUUGUCUCCUCCGUUCCUGUUGUGAGCAACACAGCCUCCAUCCUCUCGAUAAUAGACGCAAAAAGAAACCAUCCAUCUUCUUCACAUCUUCGACUUUGUUGUCUUGAGGAUACGGAAUGAUCAUGGGCAUCCUUGACGCCUUAUAUUAAAUAUCCAUCUCUUUGUCUCUCCCCAUACUCUUACUACCGACCUUUUAAAAGUCUCCUCUUGAUUACACAUUUCUACCGCUUCUCGGGAUUUCAAGGACUGGUAUUUUCUCGCUAUCUAUUCUUUUAUACACUCAAUAUUUCGACUUUCCAGUUGCAAAUAUGGAUCUCGCUCAAAUGCUGGUGCGCUCUUGUAUGCGCUCGUUUUACGACACAAAACAUAUCCUUGUGAUUGAUGCCCUCGUCAUUCAUUCUGCGUAUGUCUUUCUAUGAGCGUUUUGCACCUCGAGAAAAAGACGUUGACAUCCUACAGCUUGCGCGAUGAUGAUUUGGCAUACCUGAUGAGCAUAAAUACGAAAGAGCUUCACAAGCUUUGUGGAAAAUUAAAGGAGGAUCGAUUUCUUGCAGUGUAUGGCUGAUAGCCCAUUCUGUAUUCUAGCUUUUGCUAAGAUCAUUGUUUAGGCAUUCGCGCCCAGAGAUCAGAGAAGGUCAACAACGCCCAAUUAAUCGAACCUACUACUAUAUUGACUAUCGUGCAACAAUCGAUGCGAUCAAAUGGAGAGUCUACCUGAUAGACAAGGCGGUUCAAGGAAAUACUGUGCCGGAUGAUGAGAGAAAGGAAUAUUUUUGCCCUCGAUGCAAAUCGGAAUGGACCAUGUUCGAGGUUUUGGACAAGAGAAAUUAUGAAGGCUUUUUAUGUCACAAAUGCGAUUUUCUUCUAGUACACGAUCCUGAUAACAACCGUGGUGGACAUGAGCAGUCCUCGAAACUUAAUGCCCAAUUCAGGUUCAUCACCGAUCUCCUCCCAAAAAUCGAUCAGGUAGUAAUCCCUGCAAAUACCUUCGAGCAAGCUCUUGCCUCAGCUCGCAAAGUGGUUAGAGAUGAAGCCAAUCCUGGGAGCGAAACCGCACCUGUUACUCUCUCCUCGGAGAGACCGACUGCUGUUCGUGGUCUGGAUAACACUGGACCAACGUCUAUUUCAGUUACUUUGACGAAUGGAGAAGGACCUACAGCUGCAGAUAUCGCCGCUGAACAGGCUCGCAAAGAAAAGACGGCGCUUCAGAAUGCCUUGCCUCAACAUUUUACUCACAGUACAAUCACUGGAGAACAGGUCAAGUUUGGUAACCAGCCUACUGUCUCCGUUGGACCGGCAGUUGAUAUCAAUAAAAAGGAUAUCAAACCUGAAGGCACGGAUGAGGGGGCUGAAAUUGAUGAUUACUUUGCGCAACUGAAGGCAGCGCAAGCCAAAGAGGCCGAGCAAGAGCAAGAUGAAGAAUACGAAACUGACGAUGAUGAAGAGGAAGGUUUUGAGGACGUCAUUCCCAAUGGUACCACAUCUGGCGCUGCCACUCCAGCUAGCUCAGUUGGAGGUACAGACUCAAAGCCUAGUGUAACAAGUGGUAGUGGUCUCAGUGGCGUUUUGAAGCAUUCACGAAAUGAAAGUGUUUCUGCAAGUGGAACGAGUACAGGUGCAGCAAGUCCGGUAACAGGACCGAAUACACCGAAUGAGGAUAGACCAGCAAAGAAGGUUAGAAUUGAGGAACCAGCUGCAGCAGCAACGAUUAUAAAAGAUGAAGAAGAGAGUGAAGAGGAUAUGGAGUUUGAGGACGUUUAACUGUUUAGAUUCUGGAAAAGUGGUGAUGGAAAUGGGAAGGGGGAUGGGAAGGGGG